AUGCAGCAAAGCUGUCGUGCUCCCUGUGGACGAGUCUUUUUCUGGCAUUGGGCACUGCAGCGGGGACAGCAGUCAGAUAAACAGUCACCUAAAGCAAUGCACUCUGAGCACUUGACGGAUGUUAGGAUACAACGAAAUAACACCUUCUGGGUGGCCAACUGUCAUGCCACUCGAAGGAAGCACGAGGGCCGGGAUACUGUCAGUUUGCUGAAGCCUGGGCAGAGAAAGUUGAGAGGCAGAUGUCGGGUUCGAACCACGGUCAGUAAAUUCGCGCUCUUACAACAGAGAUACCCUGCCCGGCGAAUAACUCCCGUUCUUUUAGAUUUUAUUCCUUGGGUUGUGGUGAAUCGCUUUUGGCUGUGUACUACCACUCUUUAUAUGCGGAUGCCUGGAAUAAGCUUCAAGAAUGAGGAGAUCUAUAAGGAGAAAAAACCCGGAACUAGACAUGCAAAGGGAGGUCAGGGCACUGUGGUGAAUCGCUUUUGGCUGCGUACUACCACUCUUUAUAUGCGGAUGCCAGAAGUUAGCCUCAAGAAUGAGGGGAUCUAUAAGGAGAAAAAAGCCAGAACUAGACAUGCAAAGGGAGUGCAAGCACAAAUAGAGGGAUUACCGACCCAACAGUGUACUGAAGAUGUCUUUUCGAAUGGUGAUGAAAAGUCUGCAAGUCAGUUGCUAAGCUGGGCGAAGAGAUUAGCAGUCAGCUGA